AUGUCGGCCGAGAUCGCGCCCCAGGCCGUCUCGACGCCGCCCAAGGAGCGCCACUCGCUCACGCUCGACCAGCGACGCGCCCUGCGCCGCUGGGCCAGCUCGCAGCCUGUGCGCCCGAGCCACAAGGCUUGCAUCGAGUGGUUCCAGAGCCAGUACAACCAGACCAUCUCGCAGUCGACCGUCUCGCACUCGCUGUCGCCCAAGUACGCCCGCCUCGAUGGCGACACCCAGCUGUCCGGCUCGCGCCUGCGCUUCGGCAACUGGCCCGACGUCGAGAAGCUCGUUUUAAUGUGGCACCAGGGCAUGGUCAACAGCGGCCGCAACCCUUCCAACGAGGAGCUCGCCGAGAAGGCCAAGAGCAUCUUCACCCAGCUGCCGCGCUACAAGGACGAGACCCCGCCCGAGUUCUCGCCGGGCUGGAUCCACCGCUUUAAGAAGCGCUACGGCCUGCUGAUCCGCCGCCAGCGCCGCCACGGCAGCGUGCAGAAUGCCGCCGACGACAUCCCCUACCUGGUCGACGCCGUCCCCCGCUUCAUGACCAUCACCCCGGACGUCUCGCCCGCCGCCAUCCGCGACACCGUCCAGCGCAUCGUCGGCCCGUCGCCGGCCAACAGCCAACAACCACCCCCACCGCCACCCCAAAACGGCGUCCACCCCGCCACCACCGGCGACCCGCCGCCCCUGUACGCCGACGAAGACCCGGAGCUGGCCCUGCAGAACGCGCUGCGCGCCCUGCAGCAGGAAGAAGCCGACGCGGAGGCGCAAGCCGCGGCCGAGCGCGAGGCGCGCGACCGCUCCGAGCGCGGGCUCCCGCCGCUGGGGACCAUCGCGGGGCAGGCGUACGCGCAGCAGGCCGCGACGGCGGCCGUCAACGCCAUCUCGACGCCCAUCAGCGCGGCGCGGGCCAGCGUGGGCCCGCCCGCGAGCGGCAGCGGCACCGGCGGCGGGGGCGGCGGCGGCGUUGCGGGGUCGGCGUCGUCCGCGCCGCCGCGCUUCAUGGCCCCGACGCCGCAGCCGGCCGGGUCCGCGGGCAGCGCCAACGGCGAGGAACUGACCUUGACGCCCAUCCCGAGCGGCGGGCCCGUGUCGGCCACGGAGCGCCCGGUGCGCUGCCCGUACUGUCUCAACCAGCGCAUGCUGCGCACAAUCAAGGAGGCGGUGGAGCACAUGUCUACCCACGUAAUUGUGUGA